AUGUCGCCUAGUGGUGAGUGGAGGGCCGGCCAGCCGGGCGCCCUGCAAGACUACGGCUGGGAAAGCUCUCUCUCACGCAACCAAACAUGCUACACCGGUCCAGGCAAUAUCCGCUCAGACCCCUGCGACCAAGGCCGGAUUCCACUUUACUCGGCACUGGUGCAGUCGACGGCAGACGUGCAAGCGGCCAUCCGCUUCGCUGCGGAUCGCAAUCUCCGUCUCGUUGUUAAGAAUACGGGCCAUGACGCCGUCGGCCGAUCAAGUGCCCUUGAUUCCUUCCAAAUCGCCACGCAGGGUUUGAAAACUCUCACAUUCACCCACGACUUUGCGCCUUAUACCGCGGGAACGAAUGUCACAUCAGAAGGGCCGGCUGUCACUUUUGGGGCGGGUGUGCUUGGCAAGGAUCUGUAUGCUGCUGCUGCGGCGCAUGGCUAUACCGUUGUUGCUGGCGAGUGUGGAACUGUGGGCAUCGCUGGGGGCUUCAUCCAGGGAGGCGGCGUAUCGACGGUUCUGGCGCCGCUGAGGGGCCUCGCAGCUGAUCAGGUCCUGCAGUUUGAGGUUGUCUCCGCAGAUGGCACCCCAGUAGUGGCAAACCAGUACCAAAACAGCGACCUUUUCUGGGCCCUCCGUGGUGGUGGCGGGGGAACAUUUGGGAUCGUGACCAGCGUAACAAUGCGCGUCUUUCCCGACCACCCCGUGGUAAUCACCGACCUGACCUUCGCAACGCCCACCCGGUCCCAAAACUACUGGGCGGGCGUGCGCGAAGUCAUCGAGAAAGCCCGCGAGCUCGCCGUCGGCGGUGCCUCUGCGCAGUAUUAUAUCGGACGGACGCCAGACGGGAGUCCCUAUGCGAAGCUCAGCCUGUUCUCGCACUUUGUCGACGAUCAGACCGUUAUUGAGGACGCCUUUGCACCGCUACUCGCUUCGCUGAAAUUAAAGGGAGUCCAAAUGGUGGCAUUUAAUGCGACGAGGUAUCCUCGGUUAACGGAGUACCUAGCGACCCCACAGGGCUUGUAUUUCGGCGGAGUUGGAUAUUACCAGGAGAGUGUUUUGCUCUCCAACGAGCUGUAUCAUUCGCGCGAGGGUCCGGCGCAGAUAGUGGACAGACUGUCGUCCAUCGAGCUCAACCCGAGUGACGUCUGGGUUGUAAAUUCGCUUGGCGGGCAGGUUAAUGGGAACAGGAAGAUGGACAGUGCAGUGCACCAGGGGUGGCGCGAUGCAGCAAUACUCCUGGUCGGAAAUCGCCUGUUUGGUCCAUCGCUGGAGGAGCAGAGGCAGGUCCAGAAGCGUCUAAAUAAGGUCGAAUGGCCGGUUCUGCAGUCUUUCGAGCCAAGACCUCUGGCGGUGUAUCUAAACGAAGCGGACCCGAACCUCGAGGACUCGCGAGAGUGGUUUUGGGGGGCCAAGUAUCAGCGACUCCGCGAGGUGAAGCAGAGGUGGGAUCCUAGGGCCUUGUUUAUUGUGUCGAUGGGAGUCGGCAGUGAGGAGUGGGAUGAAGAUGGGAUGUGUAGAUAUAUGAAAUGA